UCUGAGAAGCUCCCGGCUCAGUGAGAAGGGAGGGAUUUUCAUCUUGUGGGAACUGUGGCCACAUCCUGCUGGAGAGCAUCUCAGACCGUUCUGGUGCCUCAGCACCAUGGGAAGCAGGUGCCUGCCCCUGCUCUCAGUUCUGAGUGUCCUGCUAGCUCUGUCAGGAUCAGAAACGAAGAAUUCUGGAGCUGUCUCUCCAUGCCCUGAAAAUGCCAGCUACAUCAAUGGUACCCACUGUGCUUGUAAAGAUGGGUAUCAGUCAAAGUCUAGGAGGAAGUACUUCACUGAUCCUUAUGAGAAAUGUGAAGAUAUUGAUGAGUGUAAGACUGGGCUGGCAAAGUGCAAGCAGACAUCAUAUUGCAAAAAUGAAAUUGGAAGUUACUACUGUAGCUGUGUCCCAAAUUAUCGUUAUUUCAACUGGGUGGCUGGAAUCAUUAAGUUGAAUCACGCAGACUGUUACGAAAACAAUGGUGAGAAACCACAGUCAUCACAGACCUUUUGGACAAUUCUAAAUAUCAAUGGAAGCAAAGAGUCCAUUGCCAAAAAGGCUACUCAACUACUUCAAAGCACAGAAUUGGCCAUAUGGAAUGAGAGCUCCGCUUCUCCAGGAAAGUAUGAAGAUCCUGUGCUUGAUAUAGUUUAUGAAACCAAGAGAUGCAAUGAGACAAGUGAGAAGGCUCUUCUGGAAGCUGGAAAUAAUACAAUGAAUUUUGACUGCACUGAUGCUUUCAAAGGAACCACAAGAGAGAGUUCAGUUGCAUUUAUCACUUACCGGUCUCUUGGGGAUAUUCUGAAUGGAUCCUUUUUCAGUGACAGAAAAGGAAUACUGGACAUAAAACUGAACUCUCAUGUUGUGAGUGGCACCAUUGGUAUAACGGAAAAAGUUAGUCUGUCUAAACCUGUGUUCUUGACCUUCAAACAUACUCAGCCUGGUGGUACGAGAACAAAAAAUUUGUGUGUAUACUGGGAAGGAUCAGAGGAGGGAGGCAGAUGGUCGACGAAAGGCUGCACUCAUGUGGGCAGCAAUGAUUCUUACACCACAUGCAAGUGCACCCACCUUUCCAGCUUUGCUAUCCUCGUGGCUCUUGCUCCUAAGGUGGAUCCCAUUCUGACUGUGAUCACCUACGUGGGACUGAGCCUGUCUCUGCUGUGUCUUCUCCUGGCAUCCCUCACCUUCAUCCUGUGCCGACCCAUCCACAACACCAGCACCUCCCUCCAUCUGCAGCUAUGCAUCUGCCUCUUCCUGGCCCACUUCCUCUUCCUCACAGGGAUUGAUCAAACUGAGCCUGAGGUUCUGUGCUCCAUCAUUGCAGGGGUAUUGCAUUAUCUCUACCUGGCCUCCUUUACCUGGAUGUUCUUGGAAGGGCUGCACCUCUUCCUCACGGUCAGGAACCUCAAGGUGGCCAACUACACCACCACAGGCAGAUUCAAGAAGAAGUUCAUGUACCCUGUAGGCUACGGGAUUCCAGCUCUGAUUGUGGCUGUAUCUGCAAUAGUAGGACACGGAAAUUAUGGAACAUAUACUCACUGCUGGCUCAAGCUUGAUAAAGGGUUCAUCUGGAGCUUCAUAGGGCCAGUGGCCAUCAUUGUCUUGAUAAACUUGGUGUUCUACUUCCAAAUUCUGUGGAUUUUGAGAAGCAAACUUUCCUCCCUCAAUAAAGAAGUUUCCACCAUUCAGGAUACCAGAGUCAUGACAUUUAAAGCCAUUGCUCAGCUGUUUAUCCUGGGCUGUUCUUGGGGCCUUGGUCUUUUUAUGGUUGAUGAAGUUGGGAAGACAAUUGGAUCAGUCAUUGCCUACAUGUUCACCAUUAUCAAUGUCCUGCAGGGGGUUUUGCUCUUUGUGGUACACUGUCUCCUCAAUCAGCAGGUGAAAAUGGAAUACAAGAAAUGGUUUAGUCACUUCAGUGGGGUGCAGAAAGAGGAUGGAACUGGAAGCACUGAGGUCUCUCCCUCUACUGUCCACACCAGAGUGGAAGAACCAGGAAAGUCAUCAGAAUUCAUUCACAGAAGAGACACUGUGCCGGUCCAGUCACAACCUGGGACUCAUGCUGUCACUGUUUAUUGUCAAAGAACAGAAAACUGAGCUGCUUAUGGGUGGCACCCCUCUGUGGACACAUAUGGAUCGAACAAAUACCAUCAUCUGUAUCUUUCCUGUAAAAAUGAGUCCUGUCAUCCUCCCCUGUGUUGGCUUCCACUGCUACAGACAGAAUGGGGCACACGGGAGAAUAUUUAGACUGGAGUCCAGAACCGCAUGCUAUGCUCAAGGAAUUCUUCUUCUUUUUUAAAAUCUUCACAUUAAGCCAGAAGCAGCAGAUACGACUCCUUUUUUUAAAACCGUUUUUUAUUUUUUAAAUUUAUUUAUUUUUAUUAUUUUUGCUUAACCCCUCACCCUUUCACCCAGCCUUGCAACCCCCAAUAUGACCCCUCUUUAGUCAGUUGUUACCGUGGAGAACUGUUGACGGAGUGUUCAGCUUCUCAGCUUUUUCCAUAUCCUUCUCCCUCCACUCUCUCUCCACAUUGUCUCUAUAAUUAAACGUAGAUCUCAAAGGAUCCUUUUUAAUGAUGAGGGAAAUAUGUGGAUGUUCUCCUUCCAGCGGUUGCCACGUUGCACGAGACUACUGGCUGGCACCAGGGUUCAGCUCACGAUCCCUCUGUGGAUGCUCUGCUACAUUUCAUGCUUCCAAAGAUCUUACAUCACUCAACACAUACAUAAUUCAAUAAUUCCAUAUGAAUAAAUAUUAAAAAGGGGGUUGCAAUCUUGGAAUGCAAAAACACACCCCACCCCUGGUUCAUGCGGCAUUGUCACUGGAAAGGUGCUUGUGGCCAGGUCAUAGGACUUUCCCGUUUUCUUUCCCUGAUGACCAUUUUGAACCCCUCCUGGUUAUAUUAGGAGAAAGGUAUCAGGGCAGGAGGAAUAGGGAAAUUGAGGCAGGAAUUUAAACAAAGCCAUAAAGCUUUGUAGACUGCUUGUAGCAGGGCCUUAUCUUUUUUAUUUAAGAAUUUUUUUUUUCUUUCUUUAUUGAUUUUAGAGAGAGAGGAAGGGAGAGGGAGA